CUUCAAGUGGCGGGUCCCGGUUUUGAAAAUAAUCACAAGGAUGACAAGUCUCAAAAUUCAGAAGGCUUUGGACUUGUGUGGAGGCUUUUCUUUCCCCAGGUUUUGAAGAAGAGUCAUUCUCUGCAUUUCAACAAAAAUAACUACUAGUAUGCAGCAUAGAACAAAAGGUUCAUAAUAUCUUUUUCAUUCAUGCUGAGAGUUCUAUGUCAAAAAAAACUUUAUACUAUAAACGAAGCCCCAUAACUUCUGUUGUGGUCUCCUUGAGCAUUUGGAUGCUUAUUUAGAGUCUUGAGCUUCACUGUGAGGUGGGGUUUGGAUUGCAGUCCCAGAUCACAACUAAGAUGACUCAGCAGGCCAAAAAUACCCUUUUCAUGGAAAGUGUAGAUUCUUCCUCUUAUGUUUCUGCAAAGCCAGAAUCUUCCCAUCAUGAUGAACUCUUCAUGCAGCAAAGGUUGCACUUUUCAGAUAGUCUCAAGGACUUGAAGAAUCUGAGGAAACAGUUGUACUCAGCAGCAGAGUAUUUUGAAGUAUCUUACAGUAAAGAAGAUCAAAAUUACAUAGCUGUGGAAAGCUUGAAAGAUUAUGUUAUUAAAGCUUUGGUCAAUACCGUGGACCACAUGGGUUCUUUGGCAUACAAGGUUAAUGGAUUUUUGGAUGCAAGUAUCUGUGAGCUAUCUAGAACUGAGCUUAGGUUGUCUUGCAUUGAACAGAGAAUUGGAACAUGCCAAUACUUCAUUGAUCGUGGGGGCCUUUUUCAACAAUCAUCAGCACUAAGAUUUCCAAAGCAUCAUAAGCGGUACAUCCUACCAGCUGGGUCAACCACGGAUGCUGUUGACCAGUCUCAAGCUAUGCAUCACAUUGCUAAAGAGGACUUCUGUCAGUUUAGAAGUGCUGUUCAGGAAACAACUAGUGAGAUCUCUCCAACAACAGUCAGAAAAGGGCACUCUGUGAUAAGGUCUGCACAAUCUUCCUCAAGACCUGGAACUUUUCAAUUCACAGAAGUUGCAUCCAAUAAAGCACUCGAGAAUCGAGCAGUCUCACCAUAUCGCUUUUCUUUCUUACGUUCUGGAUCACUUGUUAAGAGAUCAAGUGCUAUAAACUCAUAUACUGCCAAUCAUCGAUUCCCAUCAGAGCCCCGGAGACAAAUUUCAUUGCCUGUUCAUGUUGAACGAGUUGGGACUAAAGAUAUUGGACAGCAUUCUGGAAAAAGCAAUCGGCUGUUUAAGGCCCUGCUUAGCAUGAACAAGGCCAAAAGGGAAGGUGUAUUGUACAAAUACUUGGAUGAGAAUUGAAAACGGGAAGAAGAGAACAUGUUAGGAAGCAGAAUGACUUAACAAUGUAUAAUUGAUGGUUCUUGCCCUGCAUGUCUUGCCACUAGUGCUUCUCUUUUGUAAAUUGUACAAGACAUUUUCCUUUCUGUUCAAGUCUUACAUUGAUAAAAUAUGAUAUGUACAUUUUGAGGGACUGCACGUAUAAACUUUAGUUCAUGAGGACUUUGAAAUCA